AUGGCCACGUCAGCUCUUCUCAACUACGACGUCCUGCUGGAAAUUCUCUCAGUCUUCCUGAAAACGGCAGGGCCCCUCGUCGGUGAUCCCAAGGCGAAACGCUAUUUUGACCUUGCCCAAUGCGCUCGCGUUUCAAAGGCUUUCAACGAGGUAGCAAAUCGGAUACUCUGGCGAAGACUUCCAUCCGUCAAACCGUUGCUCGAUUUGCUGGAACUACAAGUUGACACCGGCUAUGUGUCUCAUAUGCAAGGGACAUCAUAUGACGGAGAGCCUUCGAGUCUUCCAGGGAUCCCCGCCUUAAACUAUGUUGGGACUAUUGGCGUACCUGCUCUGAAGUCAUUCUGUCGCUACUCCGUCUGGGUGCAAGUCAUAGCUCCCGAAUACCUUCCAGGAUCGGCCGCUGAACACGACGAGCCUGUCUACAUCAUGCCGCCUGUGUGGCAAGAACUCUCCCGGCUCAAGCAUACCCCUCUACUCCCGGCUUUACGAUCCUUGGAGUGGAACAUGUUUAACGCAACAGAUAAUGACCUUUUCCUCCUCAUCCCGCCCACUCUGCGGCGACUCCACCUCAGUAUGUAUCAGUCAAUGUGGUAUUCACAGCAACUGUGGGACGGCAUGAUGCUCACGCUUGGACGGCAACUCGCUCAUCUCGCCCCUUCUCUCACACACUUCACUGCAUCGACACCCGCCGCUGCUCCCAUCCAUGGACUCUUCUACGAGUUCUGGCGUUACGGGUCGCUCAAGGUGAUCGACCUCGGCCGGCUGCCACCCAGCCACGCCAUCCCGGUCCACAAUCUGAGCAAUUUCCAGCUAGAGAAGGUCACACAGCUCGAAGAAAUGACGAUCGCGCUCAUCGUCGAUCACUCUGAGGAACGCCCCAGUACAAAGCCAUGCACGCACCCCACUCUACAGUCCCUCUCCAUCGUCGACUUCGCGUGGCACAGCGACGCCAUCACCAUCUUCCGUACCCCGGCUGUGCGCACGCUCCGCGUCAAUCACCGCCUGUCGAGCCACUCGCCCGUCGUUUACGAGCCCAUCGCAUCCGCGAUCGCGCACACAUUCCCCGCCCUCACCGCCUUCACGCUCGAGUUCGCCCCGUCGAAGCAAAGAAUCCAGUUCCGAGCCAAGCCGCCGCCCUUCACGCGAUGGCUCGAGCCGCUCCUCACCGGCCUCACCGGCCUCACCGACGUCGACCUGCACUUUUCCCCCAUCUUCUCCAUGGCCGACGACGCGAGCGUCGCCGCGCUCGUGGAAGCGUGGCCGCGCCUCGCCCGUCUCCGCCUCCGCCUGUCGCAGGGCCGCGCUCCCGCGCGCCGAUGGGUCCCCGGGAUCGGUGCGCUCGUUGGCAUCGCGCGCGAUGCGCGCAGGCUGCGCGAGCUGCGCUUGAGCCAUCUUCACUGGCGGAAGAAGGCUCUGGACACGGCGCUGAAGGAAGAACAGGAGCUGGGGGCGGAGGAGGACGGAGAGGAAGGGUCGCGCACGGGCCGCUCGCUGCUGGAGUUGCUGGAGGUCGAGACGUGCAUUAUCGAGAAGGCGCAGGACUUCAGUCUGCGGAAGGUCGAGUUCUUUGAGCUUUUGGAACGCUUGUUUCCGCACGUGGAUAACGUUCGCUCGGCGGUCGGGGUUUCGAAACAGUGGUCGGAGUCGAGUUGA